UAAUUUUGUGAUUUUAGUGCGAAAACUACUUUUAACAUUUUUGCGGGAAAACAAGAUUUUCUGUUUUAGUGGAAAUCCAAUUAUAUGGUUCUGGAAAGAAAACACAGUAUUACGGUUUUGGCCGGAAAAUACAAUAUCGCGGUUUUGGUGGAAAAACAUGAUUUUGCGGUUUUGGCGAGAAAGUUCAAUUUUGCAGUUUUGGUGGGAAAAGUAAGUUUUAUGGUUUUGCCAAGAAAACAUAGUAUUACGGUUUUGGCCGAAAAAUACAAUAUUGCAGUUUUGACGGGAAAAACAAUUUUUCAAAUUUGCCAGGAAAUUUUAAUUUUGCGGUUUUGGCGGGAAAACUUAAUUUUGCGGUUUUGGCGAGAAAACUCAAUUUUGUGGUUUUGGCGGGAAAACUCAAUUUACGAUUUUGGCAGUACAUUCAAUUUUACGGUUUUCAUGAGAAAACACGAUUUUGCAGUUUUUGCGGAAAAACUACGGUUUUGGCGGAAAAACUCGAUUUUAUGGUUUUUGUAGUAGUUUCAAUUUUACGGUUUUCACGAGAAACCACGAUUUUGCAGUUUUGGCGAGAAAACUCAAUUUUUUGAUUAUGGUAGAAAAACUCAAUCUUGCGGUUUUGGCGGGAAACUCGAUUUUAUGGUUUUGGCGGGAUAAUCAAUUAUACGGUUUUGGUGGGAAAACUCGAUUUCACGAUUUUGGCGGGAAAACACGACUUUGCCGUUUUGGUGGGAAAUUUUGAUUUUACGGCUUUGGCGGGAAAUUAUGUCAUAUGUUCAGUUAAAAUUGCUAUCUGGUUUCAGUUUAUUUUCCGAAAUUUUAGGUUUGUAAAAGUUAUAACACAUUAAAAUAGUAUCUUAAUUUAUUUAUUUUAGUUCGGAUAACUAGAGUUUUUAAGGUCAUUUGGCUUUUAACCAUAAACUAUGGUUGUAUCUAUUUUAUUUUAAAAAUCUCUAUUUUAUUUUAUAUGGUUACAUAAUGGAUUUUCUAUAAGAUUUUACUAAAACAAAGAAUAAACUAAUUUAGUUUUGGUAAUUUUAAUAUAUUAUUUUAUCGUAUUUUCUGUGAACCUAAUAUUUAUUAUUUUCACAGAGGUGCAGAAAAUAAUGGAAUUGUAAAUAGUUAGUAAUAAAAGAGCAACAUUUAUGUGGAAGCACCCUAGCCUAUUGGUUAAGGUUUAAAGGCUUCUACACCCAGGUCUGGGGUUUUGAAUCCCAGACUAUGCAAUUUUUUUGCAGAUUAUAGGAUGUGAAGCUUUCAGAGGCUCCAGAGUACUGUAAGCAGAGCCGUUCGCUGUGGUCGCCUGUUGCGGUGAAAGCUUGUCUAUUGAGGAUGUCGUACAUGCAGAACCGUCUGUGGUUUCAAGUGUUUCGGGGAGAGCUUUAUCGUGGAAUCAUUAUUCGUCAAGCUGUUCAUCAAUAUCACAUAUGUUGCAGGUAGUUGAUCAUCAUAUGUAAUAGAUUUAGAGAUUAUAUGAUGAUGUAAUGUGUUACCCAAUGUUAAAAAAAAAGAGCAACAUUUAUAAAUAUGUGCUUAUUUAUCUACAAAUAAUAAUAAGGAUAAGGUUGUUAUUUCUUAAUAUUAUUACAUGUCAGUUCGAUAUUAGCGGCUUGAUAUCUGUAACUAUUUAUUAGAUCAUCCCAAUUUCAAAACUCCUUAUCGUUUAUCCAAGAUCAAUGAUUUGAGUUCGUAAUAUUUUAUUUCCUUGAAGCCGAUUUAAAAAACUCUCUGAAGAUAUAGGAGCAUCAAAUUUUCUUCUGAGAAGUGAACAUUGUAAGGUACUUAAAAGGUAUCGGAGAAACAAUAAAUAUAUGUUGCAUUGUAACAUAAAUUCAUUUCUUUAUAUUCUCAGAGUAACCAAAUAUAGUUUGGUUCGAAUCAGGUUAAUCAUAGGGUAUUAAAUUAAUACUCGACUUUUGAUUUAUAAAUUUAAUGUGUUAUAUACACAAAUAGACUUUGAUCAAAGAAAAUAUACAAAAUGGACUUCCAUUAUAGAUGGAAAGUAAUCUUUUAUUUUAAAAUGGAACUAUUGUAUUUCGCAAAUAUCAACUUUGUUAUUUAUUGUUCUUUAAUAAUGCAUACAUUUAAAAAAAAAAUUGCAAUGAAAUAAAAUAAUUAAUUUAAUGGAAAGCCAAAAAGUAUUCAAAAAAUUUCUUUGAAAACCUAAUAAAUAUUCUCAAACAAUUAACAAAAAGUUAGUCAAAACUGCAAAAAAUCACUAAUUAGUAGUCUUAUCGUGUAUGGUAAAGAUUUAAAUAAACUCAUAAAAGUUUAGUCAAAAUUUCCAGAUAAUUUAUUACUUGUAUUUAUGGUAGAAGGUUGAAUAAGGAUAUUGUAUUAAUAUGGUAAGAAAAUUAAACAAAACAUUAUAAUAUGGUAGAGCUAAAAUUCAAAACGCAUAUGCUAUAUAUAUCUGAGUAACUUAGUCAAGAUUUUUUAUGCAUCUUUUCAACUAACUAAAUAUAACUGGGAUUCAAGAGAGCAUUCAAUAAAGAAUUUCUAUCAGUUCUUAAGGUACACAUGCAAAUUUUAUGAUAAAUCUAAUCACUAGUGAUAUUAUUACAUAUCAGAUUUUUAUAUUGCAUCACUAUCACAAAAUAUAUUAAUCUUUGUCAUAAUAUGCUUAGUUUUAAAAUUAUAUUGAUUUACUUAUAAGAAAUAAUACAUAUUCCCAAUUUGAUAUUUUGAAAGUUCUUUAAAUAGAAAAAUUAUAAUCUUAAAAGGCCUGUAAUUAUAUGUUUUAGAACAGUGCUUGUCCAUUUCCGUCGUGUUGCAUAAAUUUAAAUUACAUUUUUCUAGUGGCUCACAUUAUUGUAUAGACUAAGGAAAUAUUUUUCUUAAUCUCUUGAAAUAUUAAAUUUUCAAAACAAUAAAUUAUAUAGAAGCAUUAAUUAAUUAUUUGCUUGCAAUUUUUGAGUUUAUAUUACUUAAUGCAAUUUUUGAAUCUCUUUGAUUUCCCAGUUCAUAUAACAGAAUCUCAUUAUUGUUUCUUUAAAUAAAAUUUGGAAGUUCAAAUACUUAAAAUUGUUUGUAAUUAUAUGUAGUAAAAAAAAUUAUGUUAGAUUCUUGGAAUUGAAUGUUGUUAUUCAUAGUAUUAUUUUGAAAUUUACAGGAAUUGAUGUCAAAAGAGAUGGCUAAAAUAAAUCGAGAUGUGCUAAUGCUAAGAGAAGAUCAGGCUCCUAAAGUUGGAGCAAGCUUGAGCCAAUCUGAACCAAGGAAGAUUUCAAUGGUUGGCAUUAAACCUCACAUACCUGACUUGAAUGUGCAACCUAUUUCUGAUUCCGACGAGGAAGAAAAAGGAGAAAUUGCAAAAGAAUUUCAGAAUCUUGCAGGUUUAAAAACUCAUAAUGCUUGUUACGUUGAUCAUAAGCUUUUGUACGAGCUUGAGGUCGAGAUCAUUGCUCGUCUACCAUGCUUUGAGUACUGGAAACUGCAGUUUCUUAACAAGAAAUUCUUGCAGUUAUUAAAGAGCUGUGAAAUUUUCAGGGUGAGACAAGAAAAGGGACUUGUGAAACCCUAUGUGAUUUUGCAUUCAGGGGCUCUAUCUAAUUGGGAAAUGUUUGAUAAGGAUUUUAAAACCUUUCGGAGACUUCCUAAAGUUCCUUCUUCUGACUAUUGCUUUUUCCACAGCGAUAAGGAAACUGUUAGUGUGGGUACUCAACUAAUUGUCAUAGGGAGAGAAAUAGAUGGAAUUGUGGUGUUUCGCUAUGAGCUGGAGAAUCAUAAGUGGUUCAAAGUUCCUUCAAUGAUCACACCGAGGGCCAUGUACGGUUCUGCAAGCCAUGGUAAAACCGCAUUUUUUGCAGGAGGCAUUAAAAUGGAUGAAAAUGGGAACCCUGUUGUUGUGCAAACUGUAGAAAAGUAUAAUGCUGAUACAAAAAGGUGGACUAUGAUUAAUGGAAUGCAUAAAGCAAGGAAGUUCAGCUCAGGAUGUUUCUUGCGUGGAAAAUUUUACGUCCUUGGUGGCCGAGAUGAUAAUGAUAAACACCUCACUUGUGGAGAAAGUUAUGAUGAGACGACCAAUUCUUGGGAGUUGAUACCUGACAUGCUAAAAGACAUGACAGUCAUUGCGCAUUCCCAAUCUCCGCCCCUUAUUGCUGUGGUUGAUGACAAUCUAUACAUGUUAGAAACAUCUUUGAACGAGCUUCGGGUAUAUGAUAUAAACACUAAUAUUUGGAAGAAACUUGGUGUUGUUCCUGUGAGCGCAAACGCUGCCUUCGGUUGGGGGAUUGCGUUUAAAUCGAUGGGAGACAGACUUCUGGUGAUUGGAACUUCUCACUCUUGGCAUAGGAAGACAGUAGUUCACUCAUGCCGUCCUUCUCCAGACGUGGAAGAGCAGCACUGGGAAGAAAUAAAAUAUUGGUGUGUUGGUGCUGAGCUCCCACAGUUUAUUCAUAACUGUUGUGUUAUGUUUGCUUAAAAUUUUUUCCAAGGAAAACUUGGAAACUUAUUUGUUUUUGCCUUUGUACUUAAAGUUGUUGCAUUUGGUUUUAAGUUGUUUGGUUUGUGUUUUUCCAAUUUUUUGUUUUUCAUUUGGGAUAAAAAUAUUGUUGUUUUUUGUUUGUUUCAAGUGCUUAUGUUUGUGAAAAAAUACUAAUGUUGUCUAUGUAAUGGUUAUUUAUUUAUUUUGGUUUUGUUUUUUCCCUCUUCAGCCAUAAAUAUCAGUAACAAAAUGAGUAAACCAACCCAAACCAAACCAUAUCCAAAUGGUUUUAAGCUUAUAUGGGUUAUGGUUUUAACCAAUCCAUUUGUCAAAUGGAUUGGAUCAAUCCAUAACUCAUUUAAGUUAAUGAAUUAAUGGUUUUAAUGGUUAACCCAUGAACACUAAUUAUAUAGCUUAAAUGGUUACUAAGUAAAAAUAUUACUUUGGGGCUGAAAACAAAGAGAAUACUUAGACUUUUGAUAAAUACAAUUUAUGGUUUUGGUGUUAAAAACCAUUUUUUAUUUUAGCAGAGAAGAAAAUUUUAUGAUUUUAGUGAGAAAACUACUUUUAACGUUUUUGCGGGAAAACAAGAUUUUCUGUUUUAGCGGAAAUACAAUUUUAUGGUUUUGGCGAGAAAACACAGUAUUACGGUUUUAACAAGAAAAUACAAUAUUGCGGUUUUGGUGAGAAAACAUGAUUUUGUGAUUUUGGCGAGAAAAUUUAAUUAUGUAGUUUUGGUGGGUAAACUCAAUUUUACGGUUUUAGCAAGAAAACAUAGUAUUACGGUUUUGGCCGGAAAAAUACAAUAUUGUAGUUUGGCGGGAAAACAUGAUUUUGCGGUUUUGGCGGAAAAAAACG